GUGAUCGCCUAUAUCAGUUCUUCCAGUUCAGCCUCAAGCCCUGCCUCUUGUCACAGCGAGGGUUCUGAGAAUAGUUUCCAGUCUUCUUCUGUUCCAUCUUCUCCAAAUAGCUCUAACUUGGAUAACAAUGGUAAUCCCAAGAAUGGUGAUCUCUCCAAUAUUGAAGGCAUCUUGAAGAAUGAUCGAAUAGAUUGUUCUAUGAAAGCAAGCAAAUCAAGUGUACCAGGGAUGACAAAGAAUCAUAGUGGAGUGACAAAAUUUAGUGGCAUGGUUCUCCUGUGUAAAGUCUGUGGGGAUGUGGCGUCAGGAUUCCACUAUGGAGUUCAUGCUUGUGAAGGCUGUAAGGGUUUCUUUCGAAGGAGCAUUCAGCAAAACAUCCAGUACAAGAAGUGCCUGAAGAAUGAAAACUGCUCUAUAAUGAGAAUGAAUAGGAACCGAUGUCAGCAGUGUCGCUUUAAAAAGUGUCUGUCUGUUGGAAUGUCCAGAGAUGCUGUUCGGUUUGGUCGUAUUCCUAAGCGUGAAAAACAGAGGAUGCUAAUUGAGAUGCAAAGUGCGAUGAAGACCAUGAUGAACAGCCAGUUGAGUGGUCACUUGCAGAAUGACACAUUAGUGGAGCAUCUUGAACAGACAGUCUUACCAGCCCGGGAGCAGCUGCUACCCAAGCCUCAGCUGGAGCAAGACAACAUCAAGAACUCCUCCUCUCCCUCUUCUGAGUUUGCAAAGGAAGAAGUGAUUGGCAUGGUGACCAGAGCCCACAAGGAUACCUUUAUGUAUAAUCAGGAGCAGCGAGAAAAUGCAAUAGAAACCAUGCAGUCCCAGAGAGGAGAACGGAUUCCCAAGAACAUGGAGCAGUAUAACUUAAAUCAUGACCAUUGUGGCAGUGGGCUUAGCAGCCAUUUUCCAAGUAGUGAGAGCCAACAGCAUCUCAGCGGACAGUACAAAGGGAGGAGUAUAAUGCAUUACUCAAAUGGGCAUGGCAUUUGCAUUGCAAAUGGACAUUGUAUGAACUUCUCCAAUGCUUAUCCUCAAAGAGUAUGUGAUAGAGUUGCAGUAGAUGGAUUUUCUCAGAAUGAGAACAAGAACAGUUACUUGUGCAACACUGGAGGGAGAAUGCACCUGGUUUGUCCAAUGAGUAAGUCUCCAUAUGUGGAUCCUCAUAAAUCAGGGCAUGAAAUCUGGGAAGAGUUUUCUAUGAGCUUCACCCCAGCAGUGAAAGAAGUGGUGGAAUUUGCAAAGCGUAUUCCAGGGUUCAGAGAUCUCUCUCAGCAUGACCAGGUCAACCUCCUAAAGGCUGGGACUUUUGAGGUCUUAAUGGUCCGGUUUGCAUCAUUAUUCGAUGCAAAGGAGCGCACUGUCACCUUUCUAAGUGGAAAGAAGUAUCGUGUGGAUGAUUUGCACUCAAUGGGAGCUGGAGACCUACUCAACUCCAUGUCUGAGUUCAGUGAGAAGCUGAACGCCCUCCAGCUGAGUGAGGAAGAGAUGAGUUUGUUCACAGCAGUUGUCUUGGUGUCUGCAGAUCGAUCUGGGAUAGAAAAUGUCAACUCUGUGGAGGCAUUGCAGGAAACCCUCAUCCGUGCACUAAGGACCUUAAUCAUGAAAAACCACCCAAACGAGGCCUCUAUUUUUACAAAACUUCUUUUAAAGUUGCCAGACCUUCGAUCUUUAAACAACAUGCACUCUGAGGAGCUCUUGGCCUUUAAAGUUCACCCUUAAUACCUUUGUUAUUCAAACAUGAGUUGAUUGAUGCUCACUGUACAUUUUGUGCUAAAAUGCUUAUUUAUAUGUGCAUACCGAUGUGGAGCUGAAAAAGGCCUCUCAGACAUUAGGAGAUGGAGGCGUGCUCUGUGACCUCGGAGGAGCUGUUGAGAUGGAGAGCUCUUCAGCCACAGCUAGACUGACCGCAUCUCCCCGACAGACCAAUCAGCUGUGUCCCACUUUGACUGAAGAAGUUACACUGAAUUAUAAUCACACUGAAUGUUAGACUUUUUCAUCUGCCAAAAACCAAAAAUCAUUUUGAUCUCCCUGUGGUAUGACUUACGCACAAUCACAAGUGUGUAAGGAUUAGGAACUGAUCCUGUUUUAGCAGUUCUAGUGAAUGGGUUUCACCAGAGUACCGUAUGACCGAUAUAAUUGGAGACUUUGGGAGUUAUUUUUUACCCUGCUAUUGUUCUUAGUGUGUGAUCCUGGGCAGGCCAUUAUAUUUUGGAAGUUAAGAUCUGGUAGUGCCCCCAAUGCCUCACCUCAUGGAAAUGGGAAACAUGUCUACAAACCAUAUUAUGUACCUCUUUAGGAGAGAGGCACGAUGUGAAAAAGGCAAAAUUUUUGUUACAAUUAUUCAUAAUGUUGUUCUUAGUGUUUUGGGGAAAUGAUUUCACAGCCCACACCAGUCUGUUAUUCAGGUUCCCUGCUUAUGUGUGGGGUAGCCUACUGGUACAUACUCAGUAUUUAUGGAUACAUAAAAUACACAAUGUGUGUACAUAAUGUGUAUGUGAAUAUAGUUAUACAUAAAUAGAUGUCUUCACAAUAUUUUAAACUGUGAAGAACUUUAUCAUACAAUAAACGUAAAAUAAGAGGUGUCAAAAGACCCAAAUUAGGUGCAUUUUACCUGUUGAUGACAUAACCAUUGCUUUACGAUGUCUAGAUGGUAGAAUAUUGAAUCUAUGCUCUAUUUUUAUUAAUUUAAGCAACACAACGUAAAAGUGCAAACAGGCUUUGAGUCUAAAUGUGAAGAUACAUGUAACUUAGAGUUCAUCUUGGUAAAGUGUUCAAGGUACUCAUUGGUUAAAGUUCAUCAGAUUCUUACCUUGUGCUAAACAAAAUGUUGCUUUGCUGCCCUUUGUACCCAUGCUGCAGCUUGGUGGUAAGGACAUUUGAUCCUUUCUGGACCUAACCGGUAUUUAAGGAACCUGUGUUUAAUGUGUUGGUGCACAUGCUUGUGUAUGUGCGCCAGGGGUGUGUGUAUUUUGAAUCCGCUUCCCCGCCCAAUAACACUACAGGGAUUUUGUUAAGUUACAUUCCAUGUGUAACUUGAAACACUGUUUGGUGUGUGACAUAUAGACUUAAAAGUGGAAUCGUCAAAUACAUUUCAUCCACAUUUCUAAUAUUGGGCUUUAUUUGGGAGAGAAGAUUGGCCUCUGUUAUGACAGUAGGAGAAAUAGCCAAAGUUGAGGAUUUUGUGUAUAUUUUGCUGUUUCCCUUGAAAGUAACAAUUAUACCUAUUGCUUUUGGGCAGGAUUGCCUUCUCUAUAAUUUUUUAUUAUAUAAGAUUAUAGAAAUGAGAAGACCCCAGUUUACUAAAUCUGUUAUCCAUUAUGACAUAUGAGCAGGAUGCCUUAUUUUGUAAACUUGUUUAACUUGUUGCUAUUGAGAUUUGGGUUUCUGUGGCACUAGUUAAGUAAGUUAAAAAAGAAGUUAAAACCCUCUCAUUAUUAAAGAGGAACGGUGAUGGUUAUAUCUAUAAUAUAAUAUAAACCAUAAUUGUGAUUUUCCUUCAGUAGGUAGGACCUUUCUGGGAUAUACAGCAUAGUUUUUUGUGAAUUCUUUACAUAGCAUUAUCUUUUAAUAAUUUUUUUGUCCUAUGAUAAAUGCAUAGUGGUCUUCUAUGGGAGAUAGAAACAGCUUUUUGAAGUAAUAUCGAAAACCUCAAAGAUCAUGUUGAUUCUUAAUUUUUGCCUUUUGCAAAUAAGUCUCUUUAUAACAUGUAUCUUUAAAAUAAUUACUAAGUCUUUAGGAAUGUGUAAUCAGAACUGUUAGUAUUGCUUAUAAGACUUUUGUUAGGUUCACUGUAUGUAUACAUGAUACAUCUAUCUAUAGAUCUAUAGAUUUUCAUUUUGUCUUGUAAAAUUUUAUUUGAGUGAAUUCUUCCUAUAUAUAGGUAAUGGGAAGCAAAAUCAUUCAUUUGCCAUGCAGAGCAUUUCUGUAUUUGAAAGUAGCCCAACAUGGAAACUUCUAAAGUUAACCUGCAGCCUCUACAAGCACAUUUGUUGGUCGAGUCGUUGGUUGUGGACUUAGAAAGCUCCGAGAAGACAACCAGGAAGGUGACUUCUGGGUCGGUGGGACACUGUUGAGUUAUUAAUAAUGUACUGUAUGAAUUAAGUGAUGCUUUAAUUCUGAUUUCACAUUUUAAAGUUAAAACAUGGGCAUUAUGUCAGCAAACUUAAAGGGCAUUAUGUCAGCAAGCUAACUUUUUUUUACCCCCCAUUCUGUGCUUUUAAUGUUUCUCUUUACUUGAGCUCAGAGAAGUCUGGUGUUUAGAGAAAUAGCUGAGGGAAGGGGAUGACGCUCCUGGAUUAAUGACUUUAAAACUUAGAAGGUUGUUUCAAUGAAUUAAAUGUAUAGCUUUCAUGGCUGCAUUUUAAGAAAUUACCAUUGUAACUUGGUAAGAUGACUUAUUUUAUGUAAACAUCAUUGCAAAGCAAGGUGUAGAAGCUCAGCUAGAUUUAUUACUGUGCACGAAAGUAAAAUAAUACCUAUCUCAAUUACUCUUUCUUUUCUAAUAUAAAGUUUGCUGAAUGUACAAGAAGAGUUUAUCACUUAGGAUAUAGAAUUUUUUUUAGGGGUUGGGGGAGGGGUUUUGUCAGGUAUUGUGAGUGCUCAACAAAGAUAUUGAUUGGAUCUAAAACAAAACUUGAAACUAUUCUUGACUAACAAGGAAAAAUAAAAUGGACAUUGUUUUAAAAAAUGGUAGAAAUAUAUUGUUGACAAAGUAUGAGUUAAGUUUAUUUUCUACAAACUGUAAUUGAUGUGGAUAUGAAUGUUUCUGAAAAGUAACUUGUACAUGGUGGGAGGGGUAAAUAAAUAUUAUUUCUAACCAAA